AUGAAACAUAUUUUGUACAUAUCAUUUUACUUUAUCCUUGUUAAUUUAUUGAUAUUUCAAAUAAAUGGAAAAAUAUUAAAGAAGUCUGAAAAUGAUGAAAUCAUAAAAUCUAACUUGAGAAGUGGUUCGUCAAAUUCUUUGAAUCAAAUAUAUGAGGAAAAACACGAAAAGAAUCAUGCUUUAUCUCAUAAUUCAUAUGAGAAGACUAAAAAUAAUGAAAAUCAUAAAAUUUUCGA